ACUCCUCCUCCUCCUCCUCUUCCUUGCGAUGCCCGUCGAAGGGAAAGGCGCGCUCAGUCUCCAGCCGGGAGCAUGGGUGGCGCGUGGGAAGAAGCCCCCUGAGCCACCCGCGACCCCUUUGGAGGGAAAGGAGCAGGCCAUGGGGCCCACGUGGCCCCCCAACGGGACCUGGCCCACCUGGGGCAAUUGCUCGUGGCCCCUGGAGGCCAUGGGUUGGCAGGCAGCCCUGGGCGCCGCCUUCAGUGUGGCCGUGCUGGUGACAGUGGGAGGCAACUUGCUGGUCAUUGUCGCCAUCGCCAAGACGCCCCGCUUGCAGACCCUCACCAACGUCUUCAUCACCUCGCUGGCCUGCGCCGACCUCAUCAUGGGCCUGCUGGUGGUGCCCCCGGGGGCCACGUUGGUGCUGAGCGGGCGCUGGCCCUACGGCACCACCGCCUGCGAGCUCUGGACCUCUCUGGACGUGCUGUGUGUGACAGCGAGCAUCGAGACCCUGUGCGCCAUCGCCGUGGACCGCUACCUGGCCAUCACGGCCCCCUUGCAGUACGAGAUGCUCGUCACCAAGGGCCGGGCCCGCGGAGUGGUGUGCCUGGUGUGGGCCGUGGCCGCCUUCAUCUCCUUCCUGCCCAUCAUGAACCACUGGUGGCGGGACGGGGCUGAUGAGGAGGCCCUGCGCUGCUACAGGGACCCCCAGUGCUGCGACUUUGUCACCAACAUGCCCUACGCCAUCCUCUCCUCCAUCAUCUCCUUCUACGUGCCCCUCCUGGUCAUGGUCUUCGUCUACGCCCGGGUCUUCGCCGUCGCCACCCGCCAGCUCCACCUCAUCGAGAAGGACAAGGGCCGCUUCCUCCAAGGGGGUCGGCGCCGGCGUCCCUCCCGCCUCUUGUCGGCCAUCAAGGAGCACAAGGCUCUCAAGACCCUGGGCAUCAUCAUGGGCAUCUUCACCCUCUGUUGGCUGCCCUUCUUUGUGGCCAACAUCAUCAACGUCUUUGCCAGGUCCCUGGUCCCCGACCAGCUCUUCCGCUUUUUCAACUGGCUGGGAUAUGUCAACUCGGCUUUCAACCCCAUCAUCUAUUGCCGUAGCCCUGAUUUCCGGUGUGCCUUCAAGAAACUGCUGUGUUGCCCUCGGAGUGUGGAUUGCCGCCUCCAUGCCAUUGCCAAGGACCUUCACCGGCGGCCUUGUGGCUUUGGUCCACAGGCCUUGUUGGAGAAGAAGGUGGGUGCCCCCGUGGCCAUGAGGUCCAGAGAGGAGGACGAUGACGAGGAAGAGGACGACAACGGCACCAACAGCACCAGCAGCGGCUCCAGCAGCAGGACAGGCGAAACAAAACUCUUGUAUCUUACCAGCAAUGGACAUGGUGGUGCACAGCGCCCGCUGGGGGAAGCCCAACUCCAAGGCACACAGAUCACUUUAUGCCCACAGCUGGAAGAGUUUUCAACGAGUGACAUGAAAGAGGGACAUGGAAUGUGAGUGAAGGAGGAACCAGAGAGAAAACUACUGCAGCAACAGUUUUGCCGAGGAUCCUGCUUCUCUAUCCACUGAAUGCUGGCUUCUUUCCCAAGUCGGCAACAAUCUGAAUCCCUUGGAUACUCACAAUAACUCCUUUUGUCAUAUCAGUUUGUCCCUUUUGGCUUUGACAAAGUGAGAGUGAACUUUCUGCAUCUUACUCAGACAAUCAAAAGGGUUGUUAUUUUUUUAUUUGAGAAAGAACAGCCUGCUGGGGACAUUGGCACUAAUUUAUCAUUUAUGUAAAGCUAACUGAGCACAAGCCAUUGUGUGGAUCCUAGAAGUGAUGCUUUUCCUCUCAACCUGUUUCCUUUGUCUGGGAGUGCUUUUAUCAGGACUGGUUUGACAUGGAACUACAAGUUUUAUUCCAGUAGUCCAGGGGUAAAUGACAUGCAGGCAUGAAUGGGCAUCCUUUUGAAACUGACUCAGGAAUUUUGAAAGGGACACAUUUAAUUUCCCUCCAGCAAAGAAGCAUUGGGAAGAACAAAUGGUCACUUUAAAGUAAGCUAUGGUGAUAGUCUCCCGGUGGUGCAGUGUGUUAGAGCACUGAGCUGCUGAACUUGCAGACCAAAAGGUUGCAGGUUUGAAUCCGGGGAGCGGAGUGAGCACCCGCUGUUAGCUCCAGCUUCUGCCAGUCGAGCAGUUCAAAAAUAUGCAAAUGUGAGUAGAUCAAUAGGUACCGCUCCGGUGGGAAGGUAAGGGCGCUCCAUGCAGUCAUGCCGGCCACAUGACCUAGGAGGUGUCUACGGACAACGCUGGCUCUUCGGCUUAGAAAUGGAGAUGAGCACCAACCCCCAGAGCUGGACACGACUGGACUUAAUGUCAGGGGAAAUCUUUACCUUUACCUUUACCUGUUGUGGUAGUCAGACCUUAACAAGGCAAAGACCUGGAGUAGAGGGGUGGAGGAUGCAGCCACCCUACAGAUAUUGGUGAUCUCCAGUUUGCAUCGCAAAGGAUCAGAUCUAGUCUCAAAAUCUCUGGAGGAUGGCAGGAAUCUCCAUCUAUGCUUAUUAUUGGAUGAAGGGGAUUCGUUGGAUUUGUUAAAGUAUUGUUCUGUUUGGUAACAAUUAUGGCAAAUCCAACAAAACUAACUAAAUGUAAAUUUUCUUAAUAAACACACGCACACCUCAACUAAAAUCAUUUUUGCCACAUUUUUUGCUAUGUUAUGUUAUGCUCUUUGUUAGGAGGUGUUAGUUGGACCUGAUUGUUUCCAGUCUGGAAUUCCCAUGUUUUCUUUUUUUAUAUAAAAUAGUCUUUAUUGAUUUUACAAAUCGGUAAAAGUAAAAUCCCGGGUAGGGAGCGAAAAUAAGAAUGAAGGUUGAUUGAGAAGAUAAAAAACUAGAUCACAGAUAAAAUAAAAGAAUAGGAGAAAGGAAAAAGAGCAGAAAGAGGGAGAGAGAAGAAAAAAACAGAAAAAAGGGAAAUAAUAAUAAUAAUAAUAAAGAAAAAUAGAAAAAAAUACACAUAUAGGUUUUAAAAGUGACUUCUCAGCAGUUUCUUCAGAGUGGUUCACCUCUUCAUUUUUCCAUUCCUAAACUUCUUUUAAAUUUAUUCUCCUUUUCUUCUUUUUUAGCUUUUUCUUUCUGUUGGCAUUAUUUUUUUAUUAUUUAUUUACAGUAUUUAUAUUCCGCCCUUCUCACCCCGAAGGGGACUCAGGGUGGAUCACAUUAUGUACAUAUAGGGCAAACAUUCAAUGCCCAUAUACACAUAGAACCGAGACAGAAACAACAGACAAACAGACGCAGAGGCAAUUUAACCUUCUCCUGAGGGGAUGUUUGAUUCUGGCCACAGGGGGGAGCAGCUGCUUCAUCAUCCACUCUGAUGGCACUUCCUCAUUCCAAUGUUGUAAAUUAGUUAAACUUGCCUCCCCACUUUUAUAAGUGGUACCUUAUUUCCUACUUGAUAGAUGCAACUAUCUUUCGGGUUGCUAGGUCAGCAACGAGCAGGGGCUAUAUUUUAUUUUUAAUUGACAGGUGUUCACCCCGCCACGGGCUGGCCUCGAACUCAUGAUCUCAUGGUCAUUUAUUGCAGCAGCUGUUUACCAGCCUGCGCCAACCCUUCUCUCUUUUCCUUCUCUCUUUUUCUAUCUUUUCUUCUUCUUUCUUCUUCUUCUAUUUUGCUUUUCUUUUCUUCUCAGUCCGUUUUUAUUCUUCCAUCACUUUAUUCCAAUUUGUCUCUUUAAUUGGUAUUCCUUUAUUUUUUGCUAGUAAGAAAGUCAGUCCUAUUAUAGUCUUGCAGUUUCAAAGCCUAGCUGAAUCCUUUGUUAGGAGGUGUUAGUUGGGCCUGAUUGUUUCCAGUCUGAAAUUCGCCUGUUUUCUGAGUGUUGUUUUUUAUUUGAAGCUACAAGGCCAUUCAAUGCUAAGUAAGGUGACCAACUGCAACAUUCACACUUGCUUCAAGCAGACAAGAGGUCUUUCUCCCACCUUGGACAUUCCACAUCUGUGGAAUAAACCCCACUCGCCUAGUUUCCAAAAGACCUCACAACAUCUGAGGAUGCCUGCCAUAGAUGCAGACGAAACAUCAGGAGAGAAUGCUCCUGCAACAUGGCCAUACAGUCUGGAAAACUCACAGCAACCCAGCAGGAGAUGAAUUUGUUACUAAAGGUGCACACUGGGAAUUGAUUAUGUUUGGCAUCUUGUGAAAGAAUACUGGAUUGUGGUUUACUUGCCACCUUCGUGUGAUAAAAUUGUGGCAUCAAAAAUUGCCAAAGUGCAAUUACUUUAAGUACGAUUCCCAUUUGUUGCUUCAGUUUCAUGGCUUAAUUGAAAGCUGUCUGUUGCUGCCAUCUGUUGGACAGUUUGCACCUCUGUGAAAAGGGAAACUUGGCUAAAUUAUAUUGGACUUGUGUGCCAAACUGAUAAUUAACUGAUAGUUAAAAUUAAUUCCUCUCUUUAAACAGAAGAGAAUAAAGGAGUGAGGCAGUUGCAGAAGAUUUAACUUAUUAGCUGUAGGACCUUUGAUCCAAGAUAAUUGGAGCACUUGACCCUAUAAAACCCCUUUAAGAGGAAGGGGAAAUCUAGUGUUUCCACAUUUUGGAAAGGCUAUGGGGAGGAGUUGUGAAUUUUUCCAGCUGAGCUGUUUCACAUUUCUUUUGUUCCAUUAAUUUGAGGGAUACGUUUCCGACUAUGAGCCGCCAGAAGACGAACUUCCGCCGGAUGAGGGGGAAGAUGACACAGGUCAGGAAAAUGUGGAGGAAGAAGAAGAGCCCAAUGCAGAACCGGAUGAGGACAAUCCAGAACCGGAUUUGGACAAUCCAGAACCAGAUGUGGACGAUGCAGAGAUGGAAGAGGAAGAUGCACCUAGGCCAAGAUGAUGUCCUAUUUUCUAGCCAUGGCAAGUCUCAUGUUGAAAAGGUCUGCCAAGGGAACAGCUUUGGAUGGUUACAUCUGCUACCGGUGGAUUAUGUUGUGCAAACUUGAUUAAAUAUUUAUUACAGGAAAUAA